GGCUUUAACUGUAACUCUCUUCUUCAUCUGCACAUAAAUUUUAUAAACACGCGUGUUUCAUAUUAUUUCUCUAAUAAAAGGAAUAUUAAAGUUUAAUUAGAUGGAACAUCAAAUUAAGAAGCCUAAGACUAGGCCUGGCAAAAGAUUUUUAGAAAAUCGGGAACCAAAGUUAAUUGAAAAUGACAAAAAAACCAUAUUUAUCAGAGGUGUGAACUGCAAUCAGACAGUUCUCACUGCUAUGAAAGACUUUGCAUCUCUUAAAAAGCCUAACUGUGUGUUUUUCAACAGAAAAAAUGACAUUAAGCCAAUGGAAAAUGCUGCAACAUUGGAAUUUUUCUGUCAAAAAUCUGAUGCAAGCUUGUUCAUGUUUGGAUCUCAUAAUAAGAAGCGACCAAAUAAUUUAAUAGCUGGAAGAUUGUUUGAUUACCAUAUUUUAGAUAUGUUUGAACUAGGCAUUGAAGAUUUCAAACCAAUGAAAAAUUUUAAGACUGCAAAAGUGCCUAUGGGUAGUAAACCAAUGUUACUAUUUACUGAAGGGUUUGAAGAAACUCUUGAACAUAAAAGAUUAAAAAACUUUUUUAUAGAUUUCUUCAGAGGACCAGUUGUUGAAUAUAUUAAUCUCAAAGGUUUGGAACACUUGAUUGUCUUCUCCAUAGUUCAUGGAAAAAUUCUAUUCAGAAGUUACAAGACAAUAUUAAAAAAGGCCACUGAAAGCACAGCUCCUACUGUGGAACUGCAAGAAAUUGGGCCUCACAUGAAUUUUGUUCUUCGACGUCAUCAGUUAGCUUCUGAAGAUUUGUUCAAAAAGGCUUGCAAGAGGCCUAAACAACUGAAGCCAACUAAAGUUAAGAAUGUUGAUAAAGAUACAUUUGGUACAACUCAUGGUCGCAUACAUAUGGAGAGACAAGAUUAUGCCAAACUUCAAACAAGAAAGUUGAAAGGUCUUAAGAAAAGGAAAAGUGACGCUAUCAGUGAUGUUCCAGACAAAAAGGCCAAAGUCGAAGAAACAUAAAUAAAAUUUGACAGCUUAUUUGUAAAGUUUUGUUAAUAAAAUAAAUGUUUUUAUUAUAAGA